AAAUGAUGGUUGCAAUUUUUGAAUACAUUGACAGACUUUUCAAUAUAGUAAGACCAAGAUGACUUCUCUACAUGGCAAUAGAUGGAGUGGAACCACGUGCUAAAAUGAGCCAGCAGCGUUCGAGGAGGUUCAGAGCAUCAAAGGAAGGAAUGGAAGCAGCAGUAGAGAAGCAGCGAGUCAGGGAAGAAAUACUGGCAAAAGGUGGCUUUCUUCCUCCAGAAGAAAUAAAAGAAAGAUUUGACAGCAACUGUGUUACACCAGUAAGUAGUCUCAGACUUUGCUGGCUAUUGCUAACUCUUAAAUGAUAGCUUAAUUUAUUUUCUUCUAUCAUUUUAGGGAACCGAGUUCAUGGACAAUCUUGCUAAAUGCCUUCGCUAUUACAUAGCUGAUCGUUUAAAUAAUGAUCCUGGGUGGAAAAUUUUGACAGUAAGUUUCACAUUUUGGUACUUCAAAAAGAUGAAGGUGAUAUUUGAGUCUAUACUUUGAUAUGACUGAUAGUAUUUUUUUCUUUUUUCCCCCCUGUGAAAUCCUAGUUGACUGUCAGAGGA